CACUCCUUGACCACGGCAUCUUGACGCUGCCUCGCCCCCUCUUUCCGGUAACACGACGCCUGCAGGGACAGGUGACUACAUAUCUGCACGCUUGACAUCGUGCUGUUGCCCGACAUACCGGACCUGAUAUCAGACGAGGCCCGGUGCUGCUAUCCGACAUGCUGAACCAAGCGUCUCAGAAGCUUUCCAAGAUGCAUGCAAGACGGAACCCGAAUCUGUCCAUCCAGUCCACGGCGACCUACAGCCAACUCGCUCCCCCCCUUCACUCUGCCACCUCCGGCGCCUUCCUGUCCCCGAACCUAGACCGUCGGGGACUGCUUUCACGCUCACCCCCCGCAUCACCCAGUCUCCCAUCCCUGAUCCCCCGCCAUGGGAAAAGGCAGCCGCAGCCCAGCUCCCGCCGGCUGAUCAAGCGCGGGCUGAUAGCCGGCCUCGCCGUGCUCGUCCUGCUGUGGCUUGUAGUCCGCCAACUGCACGCCUCGGCGCAGUCGAGCUACGACGGCGACAGUGAAGAGUGGGAGAUGGCCGGGGGCGCGCAGUUGCCGCAGGAGCCCUCGGUCGUUGCCAUGGCCGACAACACGGGCAAGAUGCGGUGGACCGUGUCGAUCCCGUCGUCCUUUGAGUUCCCGCUCCGGCCCGCCCAGUACCGCGAUAUCUGCCACCAGGCAGGUGAGGUGUCGCGGGACAUGCGGCAGGAGGGGCAGGCGGCGGCGAGCUUUGCGAAGAGGAUGCUCGGGUACUAUGCGAAGGACCAGUACUUUAUUGAUGUGCAGGAGGCGGAGGCACAGUCGUUGUUGCCACCGUCGAAGGCGAGUGGCAGGCCGAAGGGGUUUGUCGAGGAUGAUAUGAUUGCGGAUGGGAUCUCGCCGAGCGGGCUCAAGGUCUGUGAUAGGUCGUUGACGUAUGUGCUGGAGACGGCGGAAGCGGGUUUUGGUAACUCGCUGAUGCGCCUGUGGAUGUCGUACGGGCUGGCGAAAGCCGAGAAGCGCGCGUUCUUCAUCGACGACAGCCGAUGGCCGUAUGGCAAGUACCUGACAUACUUCAUCAACCCUCCCUCCGCGGGCUGCCUUCCGCCGCCCAAGUCCCACAUAGUCCCCUGCCCGCACAACGCGCGGCACAUCGUAGUCUCCGCUGCAACAGUGCAGUCGACAUUCGGCCACAUGUUCACCGAAGAAUGGGAAGACGCCACCAAGAUGCGCGUCCAGCGGCAGCACAAGAUCUUCGCCCUGCUCCGGGCCGGGCACGACGCCCUCUUCAAACUGCGCACCGACGACGCCAAAUAUGUCCUCGACCGCGCGCUACACCUCUACGGCGCCGUCAAAGCCGAUGGCGGCAUCAGCAUCGGCAUGCACGUGCGCCACGGCGACAAGCACCCCAUGGAAUACCAGUACAGCAAGGACUACAUCCCGCUGACGCGCUACACCGACGCCGCGCGCGACAUCUACAUCGACCUCGUCGAGGGCGGCGGCAAGACGUCCGCCAAGCGCGACAACGCCGCCCUCUUCGCCCGCCACACCCCCUCCAAGAUGAUCCUCGCCUCCGACGACCCCCUCGUCUACGACGCGCCUGAAAUCGGCCCCAAUGCGCUGCGCGCCCAGGACCGCAUCGUGCUCGCCACGCGCGCAGCGCUCGAAGCCGCACAGGGCAAGAAGAACCCCUGGAUCGACGAAAUCACCGGCUGGGAAGGGGGGUUCUACCGCGACAUAUUCUUCAGCCUCGGGCAGCCGGUCGGGAACGCAGGGGACAUGCUGAGUCUGGAUGCGGAGCGCGUGCCGGAGGGCGCGAUGAAGCUGCGGGAGUUGGUGGGGCGGGCGUAUCUGAUGGAUCUGGCGGUGCUGGGGCGCGCGGAUGCGAUGGUGUGCACGGUCAGUAGUGUGGGGUGUAAGCUGCUUGCGGUGAUGAUGGGGUGGGAGAAGGCGAUGGUGCAGGGGCGGUGGCGCAACAUCGAUGGGAGUUUUGACUGGAAGGGGAUUGUGUGGUAGACGAGAUGUGUGCGUGUGUGUGUGUGUUUGUUUUAGACGCAAUGAGAUACCCUGUUCGGUUCGCUUCUUGCGUGUACUUCUUGUUUGUA